AUGAAUAUUUACGAUGCAAAAAGAAAUAUCAAUACAACUUCAACUGAUGAAGGUACAACUGAAAUUGAUGAUAUUUUCGACAUUUAUUCAUCUUUUCAAUACAUGGAAGAAUCAAAUUCAUCUAGUACUACCGAAGAAGCUUACUUCUCAACCAAAGAGUAA